AUGUGUGACCAAUUCAUAGGGGCGCUCAAGGCGGCGCGGGCCUUCGCUGCCACCGCCUCCAGGGAUUUGGGGCUGGAGGUGUUCCCCUAUUCCGUGUUUCACGUGUUCUUUGAACAGUACCUUACGCCUGUCAGGGACGCGGCCUACAUGGUGGGCCUGCCCUGCCUGGCCGUGACCGGCGCGGCCUGGGCCUUCACGGGCAGCCUGUGGGCCAGCGCCAUCCUGCUGCUCAUGCUGGCCAGCCUGCUGCUGCAGCUGGGGGGCGCCAUGUACCUGGCAGGAAUCCAGGUCAACGCAGUGUCCCUGGUCAACUUGGCGAUGGCCCUGGGCAUCGCGGUUGAGUUCAACGCCCACAUCCUCCACUCUUUUUGCGUCACCCCCGGGCCCCGCCCCUACCGCGCCCGCGCGGCGCUUGUGAAAAUGGGCGCCUCCGUCACCAGCGGCAUCACGCUCACAAAAUUUGUCGGCGUCGUGGUUUUGGCGUUCGCCAAAACCCAGAUCUUCGAGGUUUACUAUUUCAGGCUGUACCUCGCACUUGUGGUCCUGGGUGCGGCCCACGGGCUGGUGCUGCUGCCUGUGGUUCUGAGCCGCUUUGGGCCGCCCUCCUGGAGCGAGGGCAAGGGCGGCGGCGGCAGCACAGGUGGUGGAGGCGGCGGCGGCAGGGGCCGCCGCGGCGGCAGCGGCGGUGCGCCGAGCUGGCGGGAAGCGGAGCUCGAGUCCGGCCGCGGCCUGGGCGGCGCGGGCGCCAGCGGCGGCGCCAAGGCGCAGGACGAAGCCGGCACGGCGCUGCCGGCGCUCGCUGCGGCGGGGGUGGCGGCGGCGGCGGUAGCUCUCGAGGAGCGCGAGCAGCACGGCGGCGCCGCGGGCGCGGGCGCGCGCGCGGGGAGCGGCGGCAGCUUUGCAGGCGGAAGCUUCAGCGGGGACGAGCUGGAGGGGAUGGAGAUGGCUGACAGCGUCCUCGGCGGCGACCGCGCGGGCGGGGGCGAUUGA